AUGGAGGCGCCCGACAGCAGCGGGGACCCCGGCGGGGAUGGCACGCAGCCCGACGCCCGCGUUCCCGGCUCGGGGCAGUGUGUGGCCGCCCGCGAGUCCGAGCGCCAGCUGCGCCUCCGCCUGUGCGUGCUCAACGAGAUCCUGGGCACCAAGCGCGACUACGUGGGCACCUUGCGCUUCUUGCAGUCGGCGUUCCUGCAGCGGAUCCGACAGAAUGUGGCAGACUCUGUGGAGAAGGGUCUUACGGAGGAGAACGUCAAGAUCCUCUUCUCGAACAUCGAGGACAUCUUGGAGGUCCACAAGGAUUUUUUGGCUGCCCUGGAGUACUGCCUACACCCGGAGCCUCAGUCCCAGCAUGAAUUGGGGAAUGUCUUCUUGAAAUUCAAGGACAAGUUCUGUGUGUAUGAAGAAUACUGCAGCAACCAUGAGAAGGCCCUGCGGCUGCUGGUGGAGCUCAACAAGGUCCCUGCCGCGCGGGCCUUCCUCCUGAGCUGCAUGCUUCUGGGAGGCAGGAAGACCACGGACAUCCCUUUGGAGGGAUACCUGCUGUCCCCUAUCCAGAGGAUCUGCAAGUACCCGCUCCUGCUGAAGGAGCUGGCCAAGAGGACCCCUGGCAAGCACCCUGACCACCCGGCUGUGCAGAGUGCCCUGCAGGCCAUGAAGACCGUCUGCUCCAACAUCAAUGAGACCAAGCGGCAGAUGGAGAAGCUGGAGGCACUGGAGCAGCUGCAGUCCCACAUUGAGGGCUGGGAGGGUUCCAAUCUCACAGACAUCUGCACCCAGCUCCUCUUGCAGGGGAUGCUGCUGAAGAUCUCUGCGGGAAACAUCCAGGAGAGGGCCUUCUUCCUCUUUGACAACCUGCUGGUCUACUGCAAGCGGAAAUCCAGGGUCACUGGGAGCAAGAAGUCUACCAAGAGGACCAAGUCUAUCAACGGCUCCCUCUACAUCUUCAGGGGUCGAAUCAACACUGAGGUCAUGGAGGUGGAGAAUGUGGAGGAUGGAACAGCCGAUUACCAUAGCAAUGGCUACACCGUCACCAAUGGCUGGAAGAUCCACAACACAGCCAAGAACAAGUGGUUUGUCUGCAUGGCCAAGACGGCGGAGGAGAAACAGAAGUGGCUGGAUGCUCUGAUCCGCGAGCGAGAGCAGCGGGAGAGUCUGAAGCUGGGCAUGGAGCGUGACGCUUAUGUCAUGAUCGCGGAGAAGGGGGAGAAGCUUUACCACAUGAUGAUGAAUAGGAAGGUGAACUUGAUCAAGGACCGCCGGAGGAAACUGAGCACUGUGCCCAAGUGUUUCCUCGGCAAUGAGUUUGUUGCCUGGCUCCUGGAAAUUGGUGAGAUCAGCAAGACAGAAGAAGGGAUCAACCUGGGCCAAGCCCUGUUGGAGAAUGGUAUCAUCCACCAUGUGUCUGACAAGCACCAGUUCAAGAAUGAGCAGGUGAUGUAUCGCUUCCGCUACGACGAUGGUACCUACAAGGCGCGCAGUGAGCUGGAGGACAUUAUGUCCAAGGGCGUGAGACUCUACUGUCGGCUGCACAGCCUGUACACCCCCGUGAUCAAGGACCGGGAUUACCACCUGAAGACUUACAAGUCAGUGCUGCCUGGGAGCAAGCUGGUAGAUUGGCUGCUGACGCAGGGGGACUGCCAGACACGGGAGGAAGCGGUGGCACUUGGCGUGGGUCUGUGCAACAACGGCUUCAUGCACCAUGUUCUAGAGAAGAGUGAGUUCAAGGAUGAGUCCCAGUACUUCCGCUUCCACGCUGAUGAGGAGAUGGAGGGGACCAGCAGCAAGAACAAACAGCUUCGCAAUGACUUCAAGCUCGUGGAGAACAUUCUGGCAAAGCGGCUGCUGAUUCCCCCACAGGAGGAGGACUAUGGCUUCGAGCUGGAGGAGAAGAACAAGGCUGUUGUGGUGAAGUUGGUGCAGAGGGGCUCCCUGGCGGAGAUGGCUGGCUUGCAGAUGGGGAGGAAGGUCUAUUCCAUCAAUGAGGACCUGGUAUUUCUGCGGCCCUUCUCUGAGGUGGAAACCAUCCUCAAUCAGUCCUUCUGUUCCCGCCGUCCACUGCGCCUAUUGGUGGCCACCAAGGCCAGAGAGACCAUCAAAGUCCCUGACCACCCAGAAGCCCUGAGCUUCCAGAUUCGAGGAGCAGCCCCGCCAUGUAUCUUUGCUGUGGGCAGAGGCUCCGAGGCGGUGACCGCUGGGCUCUGUGCAGGCCAGUGCAUCCUGAAGGUCAACGGCAACAGUGUGGCAAAUGAUGGUGCCCUUGAGGUCCUUGAGCACUUCCAGGCCUUCCGCAGCCGGCGGGAGGAGGCCCUGGGUCUGUACCAGUGGGUUUACCACAGCCAUGAGGAUGCCCAGCAGGCGCGGGCCAGCCAGGGCGCCCCUGAUGAGGACCCCCAGGAGGAUGACCAGCCUGACUCAGCCCUGCCCCUGCUGUCCCUCGGGCCCCAGCUGAGCCUGCGUGAGGACAGUGCUGUGGUCAGCCUGAUGGUGGACAAUGUGCACCUGGAGCACGGCGUGGUAUACGAGUACGUGAGCACCGCGGGAGCCAAGUGCCACGUGCUGGAGAAGAUUGUGGAGCCUCGUGGCUGCUUCCGCCUGGCUGCCAAGAUCCUUGAGGCCUUUGCUGCUGAUGACAGCAUCUUUGUGCAGAACUGUGGGCGGCUCAUGGCCAUGAGUAGUGCCAUUGUCACCAUGCCACACUACGAGUUCCGCAACAUCUGUGACACCAAACUGGAGAACAUUGGCCAGAGGAUUGCCCACUACCAGGAGUUUGCAGUCCACUUGAAGAACAGAGUCAGCCCCCCCUUCAAGCAGGCACCCCUGGAGCCCCACCCGCUGUGUGGUCUGGACUUCUGUCCCACCAACUGUCAUGUCAACCUCAUGGAGGUGUCCUACCCCAAGACCACUCCUUCCGUGGGCAGGUCCUUCAGCAUCCGCUUUGGACGCAAACCUUCCCUCAUUGGCCUGGACCCAGAGCAAGGCCACCUGAAUCCCAUGUCCUACACCCAGCACUGUAUUACCACCAUGGCCGCCCCCUCCUGGAAAUGCUUGCCUGCUGCAGAUGGUGACCCCCAGGGCCAGGGUCUCAGUGACAGCAGCUUUGGACCUGCCAGUGGCACCCUCAGCCAACAAGACCGGGGCCUGAGUUUCUUGCUCAGACAGGAAGACCGCGAGAUCCAGGAUGGAUACCUGCAGCUCUUCACAAAGCUGGACGUGGCCCUCAAGGAGAUGAAGCAGUAUGUCACACAGAUCAACAGGCUGCUGUCCACCAUCACAGAGCCCACCUCGGCUGCACCCUGCGAUCCAUCCUUGGCUGAAGAGACCUCAUCUUCCCCACUGGUCAGUGAGGAGAGUGAGGCGGACAGGACGGACCAUGGGGGCAUCAAGAAAGUGUGCUUCAAGGUGUCAGAGGAUGAGCAGGAGGACUCAGGCCAUGACACCAUGAGCUACCGUGACUCCUACAGUGAGUGUAACAGCAACCGUGACUCAGUCCUGUCCUAUACCAGUGUGAGAAGCAACAGUUCCUACCUGGGCAGUGAUGAGAUGGGGUCAGGGGACGAGCUGCCCUGCGACAUGCGCAUCCCAUCUGACAAGCAGGACAAGCUUCAUGGCUGCCUGGAGCACCUCUUUAACCAGGUGGAUUCUAUCCACACUCUACUCAAGGGGCCCGUGAUGAGCAGGGCAUUUGAAGAGACCAGGCAUUUCCCCAUGGAGCACAACUGGCAAGAGUUCAAGCAGAAAGAAGAGUGUACAGUCCGAGGGCGAAGCUUGAUCCAGAUCAGCAUCCAGGAGGACCCCUGGAACCUGCCCAGCUCCAUCAGGACCCUGGUGGACAACAUCCAGAGAUACGUGGAAGAUGGGAAGAACCAGCUGCUCCUGGCCCUGCUGAAGUGCACAGACACGGAGCUGCAGCUGCGCCGGGACGCCAUCUUCUGUCAGGCCCUGGUGGCCGCUGUGUGCACUUUCUCAGAGCAGCUGCAGGCAGCCCUCAGCUACCGCUACAACAACAACGGCGAAUACGAGGACAGCAGCCGCGACGCCAGCCGCAAGUGGCUGGAGCAGGUGGCGGCCAUCGGUGCCCUGCUGCACUGGCAGUCCCUGCUGGCACCAGCCUCUGUGAAGGAGGAACAGAUCAUGCUGGAGGACAUCUGGGUGGCCCUGUCAGAACUGGAUAGUGUCACCUUCUCUUUUAAGCAGCUGGACGAGAACUCGGUGGCUAACACCAACAUCUUCUACCACAUUGAGGGUAGCCGGCAGGCGCUGAAGGUGGUCUUCUACCUGGACAGCUUCCACUUCUCCAGGCUGCCCUCACGCCUGGAAGGUGGGGCCAGCCUCCGGCUGCACACAGUGCUCUUCACAAAAGCUCUGGAGGGCGUGGAGGGGCCACCCCCAGGCAGCCAGGCAGUGGAGGAGUUGCAGCAGGAGAUCAACUCGCAGUCGCUGGAGAAGGUGCAGCAGUAUUACCGCAAGCUCAGGGCGUUUUACCUGGAACGGUCUAACCUGCCCACGGAUACCAACAGCACAGCCGUGAAGAUUGACCAGCUGAUACGUCCCAUCAAUGCCCUGGAUGAGCUCUGCCGCCUCAUGAAGUCGCUCGUGCACCCUAAACCUGGCACCACGGGGAAUCUGGGUGCUGGCCUCAUCCCUGUCUCUUCUGAGCUCUGCUACCGCCUGGGGGCUUGUCAGAUCACCAUGUGCGGCACUGGCAUGCAACGGAGCACCCUGAGUGUGUCCCUGGAGCAGGCAGCCAUCCUAGCACGGAGCCAUGGGUUGCUGCCCAAGUGUGUCAUGCAGGCCACGGACAUCAUGCGCAAGCAGGGCCCCCGAGUAGAGAUUCUGGCCAAAAAUCUCCGAAUCAAGGACCCGAUGCCCCAGGGUGCACCACGCCUCUAUCGCCUCUGCCAGCCUCCAGUGGAUGGAGACCUCUGAACACCGACAUGCCCAUGUUUGACCACCUGCCUCAACAGCUGCAACGUGGGAAAGCAUAGAAGGGUCGCAAGGUGGCCCGAUGCGUCUGCCCCAGCUGUGUCUGCCCAGCCUCCCCUGCCACCACCAUCCAGGACAGCCUGUGCCCACACUCACCAAGGCUCCACGGGAUUGCUUCUAAUUCUUCUGGGCCGGCACAUUCACCACAUUUCUUCCUGAAAUGGGAGGGCUGCUGGGGGCAGCCAUGACCUGGACUCCUGUACCUACCGAAGUCCCUUACAUUGGGAAAGGCCACAGGGUCCUGUAGCUGGAGGCCCUCAGACCCUUGGAUGACUGCACUUUGAACCUGGGUCCUCCCCAGGGCCACAUUCCAGGAGAUCUGCUUAUGUCCUCUCCUGCUUGAAGCUUCCAGACGCACCCCUCAUCCUGUACUAACCGCUCAGCAGACUUGGGACAGCCUGGCCCCUGCCAAGAGAGGACACAGGGCUUAGCAACUGUCACCUUGAGGACACACAAGAACCUCGCCAACUUCCAACAUGGUCUACAUGCAACCUUCAGAACUUGAAGCUACCAGCUCUGGGCACCAGAUGGGCUCAGACGUUAACUUAUAUGGUGUGACAUCUCUGUGGUUUGUAUUUUGGGUUUUUUUUUUUUCUUAUUGGUGUUGUCAAGUUUUUUUUUUUUCCUCCUAAGCUUUUAUAAGUAUGUAUUUGACAUUUUAAAUUUCAGAGAAAAGUAUAUUGCCUAAUGGGACCAACAUAAGAUAUUAUUGACAACUUUAUCCAGUUCUACUAAAAACAAAAGAAAAACAACUAAAUUAUUGAAACAGUUUAUGACAUUGUUAUUUCCUAAUAUUAGAGUCAUGAGGUGGCUCACAGGUCCACUGGUUCCUUCCCCUGCCUCAGUGCCCCAAAGUCUGGCCCACAUGGACUUUGCUAUCGGAAUGACUGGCCCAGGGUUUGAGAGAUGGCCAGGCCGAGUUGUGACUUAGGGCUGGGCUGUGUUAAUGUUUGCAGGGCAUUUAGGACUUCUCAGAGAGCCAGAGGCAGGCGCCCCCACACCUACUUUCAGGACAGGUCGGGGGCACUGCACAUGGGGACCCCUUGACUGUCCCCCAGCUUCUGAACAUCUGCAGGGAAAUGUCACCACAUAGGAGGAAGGGGGACUACUUGUCACCCUGGCUGGCUGUGAGGUUGGGGGUGGGUCCUCUCAGUCCCCAGGGUCCACCUUCCUCUUACCACAGAGCUAGCUUUGUUGCUGUGUCUUGUUUCUAUAUAGAAAACCAAGGCCCCAUGUUAGCCCUGCUGAGGGGAACAGGGAACAGCCCCAAGGGCCAGGGCGUCAUAGCUGGUUUAUUUUAAAAUGUACAGAUCCUUCUCGUUAAAUUCGUGAUAGAUUUUUUUAUUAUUAAAAGUCAGUUUAUGAUACAAAGAA